AUGAAGAAAAAAAUCAAUUCAAAAGCAUCUGAUAAACGUCAACAAGACAUGGAUCAAAGUUUGGUGUUGGAUACGAUUUCAAAUGAUGUCAAAGAGAGUGCUGCGAAUUCAUUGAGAGGCGUACCAGAACUGAAAGCGUACGUAACAACUUUGAAUACACACAAACAACAAAUGUCAGUUAAUAUUUCCGUUUUCAAAAUUAUUAAAGGGAAACCAUCAAAAUUAGAGUAUGGAGUUCCACUUAUCGUCGAACCUCUAACAAUUCACGACGUCGGUCAUGUUGUAAAUGACGCAUUUAGAGAUUAUUUGUGUCGUGAACUUCCCGGGAAUAAGAAAAAACUAUUUAACUCACUGGAACUCAAAGAGCAUUUGUCGUUGAUUGAAGACAUCCGGUGUGCGGAAAAAGACGUGAUGGAAGUGCAAGAGCGUCUUUUAAGGGUUAGUGACAAAGGUGAUUGGAUCGAACUGAAGCCAUGGAACGUUGAAAGUUACUCUCUUCUGUGUCCACGGAUGUUCGUCUUCGACGAGAACGAACAAAAGGGAGGUGCUUCGAAUGCCGAUAUUGUUGUUAAGAAAAAAGAUUACGGUAUACACCAUGAAAUGAGGCGGCUCAGGCUGGGUCUAAACAAAGAACGACGCAUGUUGAACAUACAACAUUGUCAGCCCAAAACAGUAAGAAAAUUACCUAUUUUAAAUAAAACCGUGAAGAGCGACUUGUUCGUAAAUACCAAUAUUGUGAAGUUUAAUCGUUUCAUACUUGGUGGCAUUUACAAGAAAAGAGUUAUCAUAACAAAUUCGGGAAAAAAAGUGAUACCAUUCAAAUUAUUAACAAGCAACUUAUCAUUAUUUCACUACGAUUACAAGCCUAGAUGUCCACUUGCACCGGGUAUGAACGCGAAACUCACUAUAACAUUUAAAUGUACGUCGAUGGAAGAUAAAUACGAACUGAUAACACUAAUGACGACGGAGAAUAAAAAAAUUAAUAUUCUCAUCGGCGCUGAAAACGUGUCACCGAUACUUCACUAUACUUUAGAAUGUUACGAUGACAUGAAAACCACAGACUGUAAAAAAUUAGCACUUCGAAAACCAUCAAGUGUCUGCUUGUUCGAGUGCAACGCUUGUCUGAUGGGUGCUCGUAAGACCAUAAUCGUCAAGAUAAAAAACGUUGGACGGUCAUCAAAAUUUAUUUUAGUCCCCGAAGACGUAUGGUAUACAAAACCAGUUGAAGACGUUGAAUGGAAGAAAACAAUGAUUUUAGGCGCAUUUACAAUCACACCGUCAAUAUUCGAGAUUGAUUAUGAGCAAACAAUGGAACUCACUGUUGUAUUUAAGCCACGUUUGUCGUCAUUUUACUGUACCAGAUUUAUAAUCGUGUCUGACAAUUCGUGCGCACAAGAAGUGAACGUGUUUGGCGAUGGUCAGAUGUUUGGCGCUCGGAGCGUACGACUCACGGGACCGGGUUUGCUGUGCACCGAGGCGGAGGCAGGAAGUUACGUGCUCGACAUGGGAAAAAUUGGCCAGGUCGUCCGGUACGUGUACGCGAAAAACACAAGUCGUAUCAAAUAUCGGUAUCGCUGGAUCAUUAAUCAUGCAAUCGACAAUCCAGGUUCAAAAAACGCCAAAGUAAAUUUCAACAUUCAUCCGUCAACUGGGUUAUUAGACAAGUUCUCGAAAACGAUGUUUCGAGUGGAAUGCGGAGUCUCAGACGAGAUAGUCAAUGAACAACUUACGGGAAAGUAUCGUAUAACCGCUACCAUGAUGAUUGAUGAUAUCCCCAAAGAAAGUAUCGAGGAUCAAAAUAUAUUUUUCGAGGAACAAGAGGACAACCCAGAGUCGCUGUCAAUAGAAAUUGCUGAAAUCGAAGUGAUAUCCGAAUAUAAGGGGAAAGAACGCAUAUCAUUAUGUACCGACCGCAUAAUCGUGGACUUGAAUUGGCAUCAACUGAGGACCGAUUUGUGCGUAAGAGAAACUGUGACGUUUGCCAACAACGGGUCGUGUCCCGUGCGGGUCUCGUGGAUUCCCAGCGCCGAUAACGCCGCCGCGGCCGUGGGGGUGGCACCCGAGUCGUUCGAAAUCACGGAUCGCGCCGAAAUCAGGGUGCAGGUGGAACCCCUGUGUCCGGGGGUUCAACUGAGGGAGACGUUGAAGUUCUCGGUGGAAAACCGGGACGGCCAAACCGGUGAGAUGGUGCUGUACGUGCGCGGUACGGUCGAACAGAUGCCCAAAGUGCGCGUCCGGCCGGCAAUCGCACCGCUCGACAUCAUCUGCGCCGGUACACUGGAAUCGUACGACGUCGAAUUCGAGGUGACGUCCGACGGUCCGUUUCACGUGAAAAGGUGUCUGUACGCGUUCGACACCGACGUCGGUGCAGAGUUGAGUCUGCGUGGUGACGUCAAGUCGUUUGGACCGUACGGAAACGGAAAUACGACCAUGAUGUCGCAGCUGGCUAAGUUAAACUUCAAGACACCGGUCGAAACCGACGCGAAUGGGCUCUCGUGUCAAUUAGCCGAAUGGUCGUUCGCUGGGUCAAAGACGGUCCAUACCCAGUCCAUGACUUACGCGACACUCCCAGAUUUGCGUUUGAACGUUAACAGCAUUACCAUUGCCGAGUCCCUUUACAUGGGCAUACCUCACACCCACAAAGGAAUUCGGUUGCUCAAUAAUACACAUUGUGAUUUUGUCUACUCUUGGGGCAACCCAAUGGGAUUGGAUUCAGAUAGAAUAGAUUGAGAGUUCAAACCCAGCAGUGGGACUGUUAAUGGUAACGCGAAUGUUGAAUUUGAAUUUAUUGUGACACCGAAAAAAAGCGGCCAUUUAAACAAAUGCCAUGUACCAUGUUUUGUACAGUGCAACGCACUUGCACCACAACAGUUGAGUGUCGAAUGUUGGAUAUAUGAUUUCAGUGCUACAGUGACGUAUGUUGAUGUGUAUGACACGGAAUACAGCAUUGUGUGGCAAGACAAUAAAAAACAAUGGAUCGUCAACACAGAUCAAAUGGAAAUUGAUUUAUUUGAAUCCGAAAGCAAUCAAACUUCAAUAACCAAAUAUUUAAAUAAUUUUGAUACGGAAAAUGCAGAAGAAUAUGAAAUUGAGCCGGAAGACCGGGAACCGACCAAAUGGCGUUUUGGAGAAUGGCCGAGACGUGACACGUCGUUAUCUGCACCGUUGGUCGAACAAUUUGAACGAAAUCUGGACUGCUACCACCCCGUAAUGGAGUUUAAAGACAUAGAAUGCAAUACAGAUGUGAAACAGAGUAUAACUAUUCGAAACACUACGAAAAUUCCAUGUCAAGUCAAAACUAAAGUUCGAUAUCACGGUCAUUCUAUACCGAACAUAAUAGACAACGCCCACGGAGAUGGCACGGAAAUUGCAUCGAUAAAAGGUUGUUCGAUAUGGAUAGAAAGAGAUGACGAGAUUUUGUGCGGGCAGGAUGAAUUCAAAGUGUCGGUAUGGGUGUUGGCCACGACUUGGGGUCGGUAUGAGGACGUGGUGACUAUUGAAUUACACGUAGGACUCGAUAUUCUACCGGCCAUCCACAUACCACUCAUCAUCAAAGCUAUUACGUUCCCUAUAGAAUACCCUUUAGCUAAAGACGUUCACAAACCAACCAUCAACUUUAGCCUCUACUCAAUGGAAUCAGAAAAUCGAUUACAAAUCUUGAAUAAUAGUGAUAUUGCAGUUAAAAUAUCUUGGCGCAUAUUUAAUGAAAGUAAAGAAAAUAAACCGUUUGGCGUAUUAAUUGACACAUUAACUCCCGACUAUCCAGACCAUUGGUCUUUCAGAAUUACCAAUUACGACGGGUUAGAAAAUCCUCGAUAUUUUAUAAUCGAGCCUGUUAUUUUGAAAUUAGAACCAAAGACACUAGGAUAUGUAACGUUUUCCUUAGAUCGAACUAAAGAACUAUACAUAAACCGAAAUGAAGAAAAUAAUAUAGUAAAUGGAAAAGCGGUUGGAAUAGUGACUGCUCUUGAACCAUCUGGAAAAUAUUGCAUAAGAAAAGAUGGAUUUAAAAUGAAAUCCACUGUUGUUAAACUUUACUCGGAAACAAGACAUUCGAUACAACCCAACUUAGUCAUACGAGAGUUGGACAAUAUUUUCCAAGUGUCGGCAUCGGAAAUUUACAACUCUCAAUCACAAAAUUAUACGGUAACUCGGUUGUUUACAAUGUGCAAUCACUUACGAUAUCCUGCAAACAUUUCAUUCGAAAUCGGUAAUCCGUUCUUCAUAAAGAGUUUGAGAUCACUGAGAUGUGGUAUUCGUUCCGGAAAAGAUAAUAUUCGUUUGUAUCAUAAGGAUUUGGUCGAAAUUGAACUGCAAGCUAUUAUAAAUAUAAAACAAGUUUAUCCGCCAAAAAUGCCAACAAAAAAUUUUCCCAGGAAAUACGAGAGAAUAGGAUACUUAAAUGCUGUUUAUGAAAACAGUUAUUUUAAACCUAAGACGGUUGCUACGUUCAAAAUGCAUAUAUACUUCCCCGUACUAAAACUGUCGACGAGCUACAUAAAUUUUGGUCAAGUGGACGUAACGGAGACUAAAAGCAUAAACGUGAUGUUAUCUUCUUAUCCAGGUCCUGAACGCUUUGUUGCGCACUCCAUAGACGAAGUGUUUACUGUAUCACCACCAGAUGGUGUAGCAUCGACUAGACCAAUCCUACUCACAAUUACGUUUAAGCCCAAAGCUGAUGAACAAUACUUGAAAAAGAUUGAAAUUUUGACAACAAUACCCAAGGAUGUCAUUUUUCUCGAAGUAUCUGGAUUGGGGAUCAAAUAAUUUCAGUGUAUUACUAGCUUAUACAGUAUAAUAAAACAUUUUCUACUUACUAUUUACA